UACUCUGGCUGAGGAAGCUAAGCUCGCUAGUCGUGAAGGCGUUGUCACCGCCGCCGCCGCUCCUUCCUACGCCUUCACCACCAUCUGCAAGUCCCUUAUCGCCGGUGGAGUCGCCGGAGGAGUAUCACGAACAGCAGUUGCCCCACUGGAACGGUUGAAGAUUUUGCUACAGGUCCAGAAUCCUCAUAACAUUAAAUACAAUGGAACAGUCCAAGGCCUGAAAUAUAUAUGGAGAACUGAAGGUUUUCGUGGACUGUUCAAAGGGAAUGGUACUAAUUGUGCUCGGAUUGUCCCUAACUCUGCAGUGAAGUUCUUCAGUUAUGAGCAAGCUUCUAAGGGUAUCCUGUAUAUGUAUAGGCAGCAAACUGGAAAUGAGGAUGCUCAGCUGACUCCUGUUUUACGACUUGGAGCUGGAGCAUGUGCUGGAAUAAUUGCCAUGUCUGCAACUUAUCCAAUGGAUAUGGUUCGAGGCAGGAUAACUGUACAGACUGAGAAAUCCCCUUAUCAGUAUAGAGGAAUGUUCCAUGCUCUGUCUACCGUACUUAGGGAAGAAGGUCCACGUGCUUUAUACAAGGGUUGGCUACCUUCAGUAAUUGGAGUUAUUCCUUAUGUGGGUCUCAACUUUGCUGUCUACGAGUCUUUAAAAGAUUGGUUAAUCAAAUCCAAACCGUUUGGUCUAGCUCAAGAUUCUGAGUUGAGUGUGACAACACGUCUGGCUUGUGGUGCUGUUGCCGGAACUUUUGGACAAACUGUUGCUUAUCCUCUCGACGUCAUUCGUCGAAGAAUGCAGAUGGUGGGCUGGAACCAUGCUGCUUCUGUUGUAGCUGGGGACGGAAGAGGCAAGGUCCCGCUCGAAUACACUGGAAUGAUAGAUGCAUUUAGGAAAACCGUUCGGUACGAGGGAUUUGGUGCAUUAUACAAGGGUCUGGUGCCAAAUUCUGUAAAGGUGGUGCCGUCCAUAGCAAUCGCAUUUGUAACGUACGAGGUGGUGAAGGACAUUCUAGGAGUCGAGUUCCGAAUAUCAGACUGAAGUUUGAUAACAGUAUAAUAUCCAUUUAACCGUUUGGUUUUUCGUUUUUGUAGGCAAGGGGAUGCAGAGAUGAUAGAUCAUAGUUGUUAUUUUUCUUUCUUUUUAGAAACUUUUAGAUUUAGUGUCCAUAAAUUUAUUCCCUUGUUUUUUUUUUCCUUGUGAACAUUCUGUAGCUUUCACAGCUGCUUAUUCAUCUUCUAUGUCAAUAAGUUGUGGAAAAAAACAAUGCAACUACAUAGCUACCUUGCUCUUUGCACGAGUCAAGAAAGCGUUUUUCCUCCUAGUGGAAUUUGCAGUGAAAGAUUAUUGAGAUUUUAGAUCCCUAUUCAAAUAGGUUUGGAACUAAUGAUGUUAUAUCAUUUUUUUAUGUGCUUGUUUCUAAGAAACCUGGUUAAUGCAAUGUUUGUUUUAUCUA